ACCCCUUUGAAUUCAACGGGUCGUAAGUUAGACACACACGUGUUGCGCGACGGUUAUGACCUAUCGUUUUGGAGCUGUUGCUUCCCAUCAUCGUUAUUUACUGGUUCGUAAUAUUUGUUCGACCUAACCUACCUGUAACAGUAGAGCGUGACGGGAAUUCUUGUUUUAGUGGGCGUCUUGUAGGAAAGGAUGUCGAUGAAGAGAUCGAUGCCUGUCUACAUAAGAGAGCCUGAUCCUGAGUCAAAAUUAAUUGAAGAUAGACUUCAUUGGGCAAUUCUUCGAGGCAAGAUAACCACUGUUAGCAAAUUGCUAGAUUCUGGUGUCCCUGUUGAAUUGGCAAAUCGAGCUGGUCAAACCCCCUUAUUUUGUGCAUCCUUUCAAGGGCACUUGGACAUAGUUAAGAUUUUGCUCAAACUGGGUGCUGAUCCCAACAGACGUUGCUCAAUCCUUUGCUGCACUCCAGUACAUGCUGCCUGCUGGAGUGGUAAUAAUCAUCUACUCACUUCACUACUGAUUGCAGGAGGCGACCUUCGAUUGCACGAUCAAAAGAACCGCUCACCUCGGGAUUGGGCCACUAUGCAACCGAAUUCUGAUAGCCGCCUCGCCACCCUUUCAUUGAUUGAAUCAUUCCGCCAAAUGGCGAUGAAAAAUAACGAGCUUAAUGUUGAUUUAGGGGUUUCUGAACUAAAUAAUAGUACGGCCCCUCGUUCACACCGUGCUACCCUAAAGUUCCCGGCAAAAUUGCGUAAUACGCUCGCUGCGAUGGGAUUGGUAGGCAACGAAAAUUGUGGAUUCAUUGGGCCGUUGGGAAACGUUCAAGGCACCGGCUUUGGAAAGAUACUUUAUGGACGAGGAGAAAGUGCAGCUGCGCUUUGGCCAGUUCCUUUAAUUAGUGAAGGGGAAAUAAGCGAUCCUGACGACGAUGGAUGUGGUGCUGAAGCGGAUCUCAAUAGUCUACUUCCUCGAGGAAUAGCUUACAGGUCUGGUCCAACUACGGAAAUGGUUUCCAGACGUUGGCAUCAAACUCCGGUUACUAUUCGUCGCAUGAGAGAUAACCAACCACCUGAUCUGUUAUUUGAAGAAUUACACAGCAUGAGUCGACUAAGACAUCCAGGAUUAAUGUUGCUAUUGGGUGUAAGUGCUACACAACACUGGGAGAGCGUUCAGCUUGUGUACGAACCUAUAUAUCACGGCUCACUUCAUCACAGACUACACAUCAUGGGAUCUUGUAUACCCCUGCUUAAGAGACUACUAAUCCUGCAACAAAUUUGCGAUGCUUUAUUGUUUCUUCAUUCGAAGGAACUAUUGCACUGCAGCGUUUCGUCGCAUGCCGUUCACUUGGUAUCUACAGGCCGAGCCAAGUUAGGCUGUUUGGAAACCCUGGUUGAAGACAAUAACUCAUCCAAGAGAGUUUAUCGUAAAGUUCCGUCUUCUCAUUGGGAAUGGAUGGCACCAUGGUUGGCACCAGAAUGUGCUCGCGGAGAGUCUGUGUGUACUCUGUCGGACGUGUAUUCCUUUUGCUGUCUUGUUUGGGAGACAUGUUCUGAGAAAUUACCUUGGUCCCACCUUGACUGCCAAGAGAUUAACCGCAUGUGGCAAAAGGAAAGUUGCAACAAUUCACGAAUGCUUCCGCUUGGGCCAGCUAUCCCUCUUCAUGUUUGUAGUUUCCUCAAACUGGGCCUUCAACCGGAAUUGUCCGAGCGACGUGAAAUGGAUUUACAAGAGAUUUACUUGAUGCUCAGGCUUCAGGCAGCUGCAGUUUGUCACUCGCAACAGAAAGAAGUCUAUCAAAAAUCGAACUCUCCGCCCAUUGCUCGAAUGACAUCAUCAACACCAGUUCCCCCAAUCUACAAUCAGACGCAGCUACAGCCUCAACAUGGAUGGGAUGCUGUAAAGGAGAGUUUUAAGAAAAGGCGAACUCCACCACCUCCGCCACCACCUCUUCCGCCUCCCCCGCCAGGGCAGCAGCAGGUUCUGCAAGUGCUGGAUUGUACGCCAGAUGACGGAGAUGAUAUGGAUGUCAAUCAAACAGUACCGAAUGAAAAUACUCAGUGCGAUGUCCAGACUGAAUGCAACCAAACUCGGCAGCAGUCAACGAUUUACACAACUCCAAAUCCUAAUGAUGGUGAAAGGUUUAAGUAUGUACCUAUGCCACAUCAGCGUGAAACAAGAAGUAUUCAGAGCACUGAGUUUGCAAUUAAACCAGCAAGUCAUACAACUGAGCGCCACUCUCUGACCUGUCUAAUGUCUCAUCCAGACCGUAGUACAUCUACCUACCAUACACCUCCUUGUAAACGAAACGAAUCGUUCAAAAACUGUAAUGCCUAUUCGGGUUUCAACAGUGAAAUGCGCGCAACUGUUGCCCAACCGGCCAAAAUUUAUCGCGAGCUAGCGGAAUUUGAAACUUGGCGUGCGAAGAUUGAUGAAGCAAACGAAGAGGAAAAUGCAGAAGAAGAAUCGACGGUUGAAGUUACUGGGCAUCCUUCAUCGACCUCAACUCCAAGGCAUCAACACGGAGUGACGUUUUUGGCUUGCAGUUCGGGAUUGGAAGACCCAGAAAAUGGUGGAGAACCAGAUGACAAUGGAGGAGCUAGACCCAAACGAUCGCUAAAAUUUCUGCCGAAUGGAAGCCAACCUUCUUCGCGAAUCCCAAGUUUUUUUACCAUCACGAAACCCAAAAAAGAAUUUGUUGCUUCGCUGGCAGCCAUUUUUAACGACAAGGCGGCAACCAAUAGGACUCAUUCAAUCCUCAAACGGCGAUCGACUUCCACGCCCGAGGAACUCUUGCUUGAACCCAACAUCGGCGAUACGUUUAACGAGGGUAUCGAUUGCAUCUCACGCGGAGUUCAGUGCAACGAAUGUGAAUGAGGAUCGCGCUUGCCGGUGAGUCAAAAUCUCUUUUCCCUUUACCUUUUCCCCCUAGUUUGAGGCUUCCACGUUCAAAUCUAAAUCAUAAGAUCUUUCUCUUUGUUCAAACGAUGAAAACCUUCAUCGCUUUCGAUAAUGUUAUCGAACUCAGAAAUUUUUCGACCAUUGUCUUUCACAUCUUUUAUUUGUGUUUAUUGUUUCAUACUUAACGUUUUUUGGAACGUUCUGUGAAGAAGCGCUACUAGCGGCUUCCAAAAUUUCCCACCGUU